UGCGUAGCUAAUUGUGUGUGUCGAGAGAGAGGAGAGAGAGAGAGAGGUCGACAAUGGAAGCUUUGCUCUGCAAAAAUCUCGGCGACCCAACAGCCCCGCCGGACGGAGGUGAAAACGCGGCACUCACCGUCGCAACGGAUUAUCCGAUUCCCCAACUGAAGUCGCCGACGGCGGUUCGAGUCCGAGUGAAAGCAACAAGCUUGAACUUCGCUAAUUAUCUGCAGGUCCAAGGCAAGUACCAAGAGAAGCCUCCACUUCCCUUUAUACCCGGCUCCGAUUACUCCGGCACCGUCGAUGCUGUGGGACCCAGUGUCACCAAGUUCAAAAUCGGCGAUCCCGUUUGCUCCUUCGCCGCACUCGGAUCAUUUGCCCAAUUCAUCGUCGCUGAUCAAGCUGAGUUAUUUCUGGUGCCUGAAGGAUGUCACUUGGUUGCUGCUGGUGCACUUCCAGUUGCAUACGGUACAUCACACGUCGCACUUGUUCACAGAGUGCAACUCCACGCUGGUCAGGUAUUAUUGGUUCUUGGUGCAGCUGGAGGUGUAGGAGUUUCUGCUGUUCAAAUAGGCAAAGUCUGUGGUGCCAUUGUUAUAGCUGUUGCAAGGGGAGAGGAGAAGGUGCGGUUUCUGAAGUUGAUGGGCGUGGACCAUGUUGUUGACUUGAGCAAAGAGAACGUCAUUGAAAGCGUGAAGGGGUUUCUCAAGGCAAGAAAGCUUAAAGGAGUCGAUGUUUUGUACGAUCCAGUUGGAGGCAAACUUACUAAAGAAUCUUUGAAAUUGUUGAACUGGGGAGCCCAAAUCUUAGUUAUAGGGUUUGCGAGCGGUGAAGUACCCGUAAUCCCGGCAAACAUUGCUCUCGUUAAGAACUGGACAGUUCAUGGAUUAUACUGGGGAAGUCAUGCUAUACAUCGACCGCACGUUCUAGAAGAUUCGUUAUUGGAACUGCUGUCGUGGUUGGCUAAGGGCUUAAUUACGAUCAACAUUUCCCAUACCUUUAGCCUUUCCGAGGCAAAUCUUGCUUUCGGUGCCCUAAAGGAUAGAAAAGCAAUUGGAAAGGUUGUGAUAGCCUUCGACCACCCGAAAGUCGUAAGACCAAGGCUUUAAUUUGGCGUUGUUUGCACCAUUAGCAUCUUUUGUAUGAUGAUGGAAAUUUACAAUGCUUGCCAACUAAUGAGGCUGAGUGCAUUUCUGUUUUUCGAAAUGGGGCUCUUGGAAAUAACAUAUAUUCAAUAAAAAGAAAUCGAGGAGAAAUCUGAAUAUCUGAUUUGUUCUCUUUUCUUAUAUUUGAUCCA